AUGAGUGCUACUGAAGAAAGUCAAAAUAAGUGUAGCCAGAAAACAGCCUUAUCGUUAUUUUUCUUACUUGAAUUGAUUGCUCAUGUUUUGGGCUGUGUUGCUCUAAUAAGCCCAAGCUGGCAGUACGUAUAUCUUGAAAAUGGACGUACAGAGCACCACCAUGGAUUGUGGCUUGAUUGUAAACGCGAUUAUUCUCAUGAUUAUGGCCGAAGCCGUGAGUAUUACGAAACUUUGUAUAGGCUUAAUAAACAACAGUCACCAUUUGAUCAGUUUUUUCUCACAUCAUUACUAUGUGUUUACAAAUUCGAUUAUUAUAUUGAUAUGGAGGAUCUGUAUGAUCAUAAUCAUGACGAGAAUCGCCUCCAAGAUGACGCUAACCAACAUUUACUAUUGGGUUGGAAAAUAGUGUCAUUAGCUGCUCUUGGAUUUGCGACAUUAGCAGCAAGUGCAGCAUUAUUGCUUUCAGUUUGCGCUUUUUGUCAUCGUACUCUUAUUUGCGCUGCAGCUGUUCUUGUCACUGUUGCUGCUUUGCUCUCUUCCAUGGGCUUAUUAAUAUUUUACAUCUGGGCCAACCAUCAGGACAACAAUAUUAUUAAAGAAGAAGAUGGCAUAUAUGAGCAGUAUUUUGGAUGGGCGCUGUAUAUGCAAAUAGCAGGGACGACGACGCAGUUUUUUGCAUCUUUCUUAGGUUGCGCUGUUACCUCAAUGGCAUUCAGAAAAAGUCGGGCCAAAUUGGUCAAGAUCGAGGUGAUUGAUAGAGACAAUUCAACCUUGCUUGAUCGAACAGUUUCACUCCCAUUCAAGCGUUCAUUUUCAGCAAUUUACAAAUUGGACUCAGCUGACCUCCAGAAGUGGGAAAGGGAUUACAUAAAUAUCAUCCAAUCAGAUAGCAUCACCAAACGGAGUUCUAUAUCGGCACCAGAUUUCAAGAAGUACCCGAGGAAGAACAAACAGAAUCCACAGGAAAGCAAAAUCACAAAAUCCACUUCUAAUUUAUUCGACCAACCAAACUUAAACACUGCUUUCGAAACAUUUCCACAAUCAUUUUCAUUUCCAGUUCCAAAGUCAAUUUUAAAAGUCACGUCAAAGCAACCUUCAACGGUGAUGGAUGCAAAUCGACGAUUAAGCGAUGAUCUUGAUCUGACUUACGAAUACUUGCCAGACGACCUCGUAGGAAAUUCACGAAGUACAGAAACGUUAAACAGAUCGUUCACAACAAAUUUUACUGACAUCAGCUUAUUCGGUCACAGCAAAGAUAUUUGUAACCAACGCAGCCACUCACGAAGUCCAGUCAAUGUCUAUGAUAAAGUUUACGAGUAUAUCCCAGAUAUAGCUAAAUCACGUAAUCAUGAACAGGCAAACAGUUGUUUUAAGAAUAUCGCCAUUUCUGCUGACAAAAUUUUAAUUCGUUCCGGACAAGAACAGACAACUGAUGAAGACCUUAGAACACUUAUCAACGAUGUGUCUUCCUGUUCGAACACUACAGCCACUAAAUCAGCUUUCACGAAUUUGGUUCCUGAAACAAUCACUGUACCGACAAAUCGGUGUACAUCUGGUGAUAUGCUUUCAGUCCUACCAAAUGAUCCAAGAACAAGGAUAUCCAAUUUGCAAAAUUUUCUGGUAGAACGAAACGCAUAUCUUCAUUUUCCAAAUGGGCACUCACUGAAUCAUGUUUCUGAUGGUAUUGCGAUCAAUACAUUCGAUUUUAGAACACUUAUGGGAAGAGAAGGAGAAAGAUCCAUCAAGAAUUUGGUUUUUCGACCACAGAAAGAUGAAAGUAUUGAGGCUUUCGAGCGUGCUGAUAAUUCAUCAGAACACAGUUCACUAAACAAAUGCAUGCCGAAUAAGAGUAAAACACUGGAUCCGAUAACAAAAAUUAUCUUACCAGAAAACAAUGACAUACAAAUGACAUGCAGUGUUAUUCCCACCCCAUAUAUGUGCUCAGCAGAUGAAAUGGAUCGUUCCAUAGGUUCAUUAGAUACAUUUAACAGUAACGCGGCUAUAAAAAACAACGACCAGCAGUUUGAAGCAAAACUGUGUUUGAAUUUGUUCAUGAAUGGUGGAGUAGCGUCGCUUCUUACUGGAAACAAUUCUGAUAAUGACUCCGCUGAAGCAAAAAAGAGCAAUAUCACUACCGUCUAG